AUGUCCCUGUCACACACAGCUGCUGAGUUCAUGCUCUCUGAUGCUCUGCUCCCUGAUCCCGGGGGUUCCCACUCCAGGGCCCUGCGCCUGGAGCUGCCCAGCGACCGCCUCCUCAAAUUCGUCACCGUGGGGCUGCCCCUGCUCCUCGUCUCCUUGGCUUUCGCACGGGAAUUCUCCACUGGUUCUCAGAUCAGCUGCUUCCCUCCCACCAACUUCACUGGGAAGCAGUCGGCCUACGUGGACACAGCGUGCUGGGACUCCCUGCUGCACCACGGCCUGGACACGGAGGGACACAUGGUCACCAAGUCCCUCUGGGCUCUCAGGGUCUUCCCCUACUCCCUGCUGGUGGUGGGGGUGCUGAUGUACCUGCCCUACCUGCUCUGGCGUUACGCUGCCGCCCCCUCCCUCCGCUCCGACCUCCUCUUUGUCAUGGAUGAGUUGGACAAAUCCUACAACCGCUCCGUUCGACUGGUCCAGCACAUGAGGAAGGUCCAGCAGGACAGCGCCGAGCCGGAGAGGUUCUGGGAGGAAUAUGAGAGAGCACGCCAGGAGAGGUAUUUUGAGUUCCCGUUGCUGGAGCGGUACCUGAUCUGCAAGCAGCACACCCAUUCCCUGACCUUCAUCUUCAUGCUGAGGAACCUGCUCCUUCUGGUGCUCUUGGCUGCCACCUGCCUCUACCUGAUCUUCCUCCACCUCAACAUUGCCUUCCAGGAUGAGUUCAGCUGCUCCAUCAAAACGGGGCUGCUGCAGGUGGAGCCCCACAUCCCCCUGCUCAUCCCUUGCAAGUUGGCCUUCUUCUUCAUCUUCCAGCUCCUCAGCCUCACGGUCGGCAGUGUCUACGUCCUCCUGCUCCCUGUUGUCAUCUACAAUGCCCUGCAGCUCUGCCAGUGGGACAAGGGGCUGCUCUCUGUCUACGAGAUGCUGCCAGCCUUUGACCUCCUCAGCCGCAAGAUGCUCACCUGCCCCCUCAACGACCUCAACCUCCUCCUCCUCUUCCUCCGGGCCAACAUCUCCCAGGUCACCUCCUUCAGCCGCCUCAACGCUGUCAGCGCUCUCAAGGAAGCCACCCCCAACCAGGGGGACAUUGACACUGUUGUUGACUUCAUGACACUGCUGGCUGGGCUGGAGACCACCAAACCCAAACAUCACCCCGAGGCCAAUGGUGCUGGGGCUCCAGUUCCUCCUUUUCCUUCUCUUGCCUUAGGACCCAAACCUGGAGCAGAAGCAAUGGGAAAAGCUUCCCACGACUCACUGGGCUCUGCCUGA